GUUUGAUAGAAAAAUAAAAAAUAAAAAAAUAAAAAAAUGGGAACGCCCUUUUCCUCCGUUUACCUUGCACCUUCAAUAUCCCAACACUGAACGGCAAACUUUCACCCCUCGAAGCGCUCUCUCUCGCCGCGCUUGUGAGCUUCCUUCCCUUCUCUGUCCCAUCCGAGCUUCUGUUCUCUCUCCUCCCUUCUUUGUUCUCAUUCCGCGAGCAUUCCUCGAGGAAGAGAAAGCCCGUGAAGCCCGUGAAAACCUAGAGAGAGAGAGAGAGCCAUCUUUGACAAUUGUUAGCAAUAGAGGAUGAAAAUUUUUAGGGUUCUUCCAAGACUUCUGAGGAGUGGUGUUGCUUCACAGUCACGAAACCUCUUAUCUCAGAGACAUGCUUUCCUCUGUGGAGGUCAUGUGAUUCCGCAACUCGAACGACCUCUAUACAAGGUUUCCUAUUUAUCAUCGCGAGUUUUGUGCCACUCCCACAUUGGGACUUUUGCUCGACAUCACUCCUGGUUUUCGUCAUCUGCAUCACCUCAGACAAAUCAGAAGGAGACCAGCCAGGUUGUAGAUGAAACAACAACUUCUAAACACAAUGAUAAGACCUCUGAGAACAUUUCUCAUGAUAAGAACGAAGCCGAGUCGACAAAGAAAGAAGGGAGCAAUGGUGAUGCUGCAGCACAUGUUGGAGAGUCAGGUUCUCAUGUUGAAACUGACCUUUCAAAGUCAGAUUCUGGCAAGAAGAGGAGGAAAAGUACUAAACGAAUUGCACUUUCUGAUUCAGAUGCUGAGGAUGAAUUAUCUGUUGAUGAUCUGGUUAAACUAGUAGCUGAAAAGGAGGAGUUACUGAAGGAAAAACAAAAGGAAAUUGAAAAGAUGCAAGAAAAAGUUCUUCGUAGCUAUGCAGAGAUGGAGAAUAUUAUUGAAAGGACAAAGCGUGACUCAGAGAAUUCAAAAACGUUUGCUAUUCAGAACUUUGCAAAGGGCUUGUUAGAUGUUGCAGACAACUUGGGGAGAGCAUCCUCAGUUGUUAAAGUUGACUUCUCAAAGAUUGAUCAGUCUAAGGACUCUGUUGGUGCUGUGGCACUACUUAAAACCCUUCUAGAAGGAGUUGAGAUGACUGAGAAGCAACUUUCAGAGGUGUUGAAGAAAUUUGGAGUGGAGAAGUUUGAACCUUUAAAUGAGGCAUUUGAUCCCAAUAAGCAUCUUGCAGUUUUCCAAGUUCCCGAGCCCUCAAAGCCGCCUGGUAUUGUUGUUCAUGUUUUAAAGUCUGGAUACACACUUUAUGAUCGGGUUAUGCGCCCUGCUGAAGUUGGUGUUACAGAGGCUGUAAGCAAUGAGGCAGAAGGAAGUUCAGAGGCAUGAAAAAUAUUUGGGUCUUGAUAUUUAAAAUAUUUUCCAUAUAGUUUAUUUAUUUGGGAAACCUGUAUAUUGAGUAAGAUAUUGAGCUUUUUUUCUAUUUUGGUUGAGGUUGUCUCUCAAAUUUUGCUAACAUUUAGGAUAGGCUUAUUUAAACUAAAUCAUGUGUUUUGCACCGUGGGCAGUGGAGGAAAGUUACGGUUUUGUAGACAGAUAUGUAGAGCACUGUAAUUUUUCUGCCACAAUUUUGGUUGCUUGCAUUUUAGUUUUUAUGUUCAUUCUUUUUACCAGUAGUGGUGAUCUUGAUCUCAGUUGUUUAGUUGGACAGAAAAUAAUUCUUUUUGGUUAGCACCAAUUGUAUUUGAAUGUAUUCUAGCAAGAUUGUGUAUGGGUUUUAAUUUAUGGAUCUGUUCAAGUC